AUGACCACGACGCAAGCAUCACCUCCAGCCCCAGGCAGUGCAGCAGCACGUCCCACUCCCUCGCCGCCAGCUCUCGCGCCUACCUCUUACCCCCACAUCUGGGACCAAAUCCUCUUCUACGCCGAUCAAGCCACCUUCUCCGCCCUCCGCGCGACCUGCUCCACGCUUUACGGCGAAGUCGCCGCCCGUCUCUACAACCACGUCGAGGUGCACCUCACCAAGCAGACCGACCGCCUGCACAUCGACCUGUGCGCGCCGUACACCCACCGUCGUCUCCCCGGCCUCGACUUUGCCACCAACCCAGUCUUGUGCCUGGACAGGCUGUACCUCUUCUGCACGUCACUCGACGAGGUCGUCCACGGCGUGCCGGUUCUGCACGACGUAUGCGACGCCGCCCUUGACACGUUCGGCGCCCUCGAGCGUGCGCUGGAGAAUGUCACCGUGCACCGGGUCAACGCCGAGUACUACUGGUCCCUGUUUUCGCUGCCCCAAGUUCGCAAGGUCGUCGCCUUCCUCCACCCCAAGCCCGACCCGUACGCCGGUUACGAGUCCGAGGAAGACGACUUCCCCGACCCCUUGGCUAUGCCCCUCUUCCUCGCGACACCCGGCCCGUCGGUGCGAGGGGUCAUCAUCAACGUCACAAUCGGGGCGACUGGCUUCCGCGCCGACAGCCUUCAGCACAUGGCCAACCUCGAGCGGAUCGGAAUCAUUGUGCACAAGGGCGACGCGCCGCCUCCCGCCCCGCUGCGCUGGUGUGCCGGCCUUUCGGGCCUUUUCACCAGCCUCGCGCCGCUGUUCCCCCGCGUCAAGGUCGUCAUCUCCGGCCUCGAAGCGCUGCCGGACAAGUGGCUGAGCACCAACGUCGUUCCCACCGGUGCCUCUGAGCGCCGCCAUCACCUCUGCAAGGAGAUCGCCCUCUGGAUUCGCUGCUGCCAGGUUCUUAGUGCGGGGAAGGGAACUGAGUGGGCGGCGAGCCUCGAGAAAGGGGACGGCGACGAGGUCAUCGGCAUCGGUCCCAUCAUGGAAUCGAUCUCUGUCAAGUCGCUCGAGCAGAUGCGCGAGUCGAUCGGGGACGGGGCGUUUGACAUGUUCAUGAUCCCGCCUGCCGCGUGGUGUGUCCAAGUCAACGCCGGCAACGGCGCCGGGCAGUAG